GUCUUUUUUUCUUUUUUUUUAAGGUGAAGUAAGAUUUUGUGGCUCCCACUGGGUUGUGGUCGGUGAGAAUCUGACCCGAAUGGCUGUCAGUAUUGAAGGUUGCAGACCCCUGUGUCAGACCAUCCUACUCUGGAGAUUUAUUUUUAUUUUUUUUUAAUGAAAAAUGGAAACAGUUGAGAAAGGCAUCCAAACUACCCAAACCAUCCUGACGCACAGAGAGUCCUCCUCCUGCCGGACCACGUGAUUCCUUAACGCAGCAACAGGCAGAGGAAGAAGGAGGCGCUCAGCUGCCCCACAACAUGACCUGCAUGGGUUCUCCAAGUGUGCUCACAGUCUGCAAGUAUCUGUCUGCUCUAAAAGGCUCUAUAUGGGAAGCCUGGCGGACCUGCAGCUGAUUUUACUCACAACUUGGGUCCGUCUGGGAGACCGAGCUCCUGACAGGCGCUCCACCACUGGCGGCGCACGCGCGUCAGCAUGGGCCGGCGUGAGGCGGACAGGAGAGGCGCAAUGACCAGCAGCGAGCGCUCCGAGCUCGGCUGUCUACAGGACUCCGCUUCCAGCAGCAGCAGCCAGCACGGCGGGGAGAGGCUCCGGAGGACGGCCGGACGGGACCCCUGCAGCCCGGAUAGGGCGGCGCCGGCGGAGGUGAAGAAGCAUCUGCACAAACACAACCUGAAACACCGCUACGAGGUGAUGGAGACGCUGGGGAAAGGCACGUAUGGCAAAGUCAAGAAAGCAGUGGAGAGGGCGAGCCUGAGGACGGUGGCGAUCAAGUCCAUCCGCAAGGAUCGAAUCACCGAUGACCUGGAAAGAAUUCACAUCCAGAGAGAGAUCGAAAUCACCUCCUCACUUUGUCAUCCAAACAUCAUCCGCUUCCAUGAGGUGUUUGAGAGCCGGGAUAAGAUUGUGAUUGUGAUGGAGUUUGCCAGCAGAGGAGAGCUGUAUGAUUACAUACAGGAGAGAAGGAGGCUACCAGAAGCAGAAGCUCGGAGCAUUUUCAGGCAAAUUACGUCUGCUGUCCACUACUGCCACAAGAAUGGUGUGGUGCAUCGAGACCUAAAACUCGAGAAUAUUCUUUUAGAUCAAGACCUGAAUGUAAAGCUGGCCGACUUUGGUCUGUCCAACAAUUUCCACAGAGGCUCUCUUUUGCAAACAUACUGUGGAAGUCCACUCUAUGCUUCUCCAGAGAUAGUGAAAGGCCUGCCAUACGUGGGGCCAGAGGUUGACUGCUGGGCACUGGGGGUGCUACUGUAUACAUUGGUGUACAGCAGCAUGCCCUUUGAUGGGACAAGUCAUGCCAAACUCACAGAUCAGAUUAGCCAAGGCCGGUACCAUAGAGCCAACCCACCUUCUGACGCCUGCUCUCUCAUUGACUGGUUGUUGACAGUUCGUGUGGAGGACAGGGCCACCAUUGAAGAUGUGGCUAACCACUGGUGGGUGAACUGGGGUUAUGAAGAGAGCGUGUGUGACUGCCCCUCAUCUCCCUACCAGGAAUGCCCUUCUCCGCUGCUGGCUCGCUACAUCGACUGGCAGAAUCAGGCUGCUCCAAAUAGGACAAAUGACCCUGGCUGCCUCUCCUCAGACUUCUCCUCUCCUCCUCAUGUCGGUGCAGAUCCCUUUUUUUUCAGCUCCUCGCUGAAGCCCAACUGUGGAGCAGGGGUUGGAGGAGUAUGCGGAGGAAUUUUGAGUCUCAGGAAGUCACGCAAGGAAAACGCAAUUCCCCAGACUGUUCUGGGAGCCUGUGGUGAUGCUUCGACAAAUUCCCUUUCCUCCACCAAUGAAAAGAGGAAACCUAAAGGCAUACUAAAACACCAGAGAAGCUUGGACUCUGUAUUCCACAGCUCUCCAAAGGAGAACCCUUCGUCGGAAAUGUGCAACACUCACUCCAAGCCUUAUCAGACUCAAAUUCUUGGUCACACACCAUCCAGUGUUUUGUCAGCAAACUUAAAACCUUCAUCUGCAUUCAAGCAGCCUUCAUCCAAGAUGCCCAAGAAGGGAAUAUUAAAGAACUUGUAUGUGAGGGAGUCUUCCUUUGAUUCAUUCUCUGAAAAAGAGGGCUGUGGAGAGAGCACCAAAGAGGGUGAUGCAGGACAUUCACUGUGCCGCCAGCAGCACACAAGUCUCACAUCAGCAGAAAACAGCCCAAACAUGCACACAGAAGCAGUGCGGAGGCGGAAAGGCAUUUUAAAACGUAACGGCAAGUUCUCUCAAAGUCUGGAUCUUCCGGAUGAUUCCCGCUGUUCUUCCUUUUCAUCCACUGCAGUUCUCCCCGAGGCUCUGCAGCAGCUCCUGCAGGCCUCAUCAGGGCCCGAAUGCCGCCACAGCAGACCCUCCAGUGUGGUGAGCGAGGACAGUCUGUUUUCAUCUGAUUCCUACGAUCUGCUGGACCUCAGCACUCAGGCAGAUCGCAAGAUGUUCUCCUAAGAGAUGCACCAUUACAAAUGCAGUUCUGAGGAGAACCUGGAACAACUUGGAACAGACAAAUGUGAAGUUGUUGAGGAUGUCUAAUUACCCAAGGAAACUAAAAAAAAAAUCGAUGUUAAAGUUAAAGUAAUUCUUUGUUAUUUCCAGUGACUGAAAACUUAAAAAGUCUGUAAAGUUUCAGCCCACCAAGUUUUUGUAGUAUUGCACUAUCCACUCAAAGCACCAUAACUUUACAAAUCAGACUGUAUUAAACCUAAUAUGUAUCAAACAUGUAUUUUUGUUUUCACAUUGAAAAGCAGAAAAAGGAAAAAACAAGACAUUUAUCUUUGUGUGAUGUGUUCACAUGGAUUUCUGCACACAUAUCCUCUAAAAGCUGUUUGUGAACGCUGUGAUGUACUGAAGCACAACUGUGAAGGCAUGAAACAAGCACAGCUCUGGAACACAAAACACGAUUACGUAUGUCUUAGGGUUAAGAAACGGAACAAUCCAUUAACCUUGUACAUGCACUGAUGACAAAAGUUUAACUUAAGCUUGCUCAUUAGAGAUCAUUUAUUGUGAAUUAAAGCGUUUUUGAGCUUGUGUAGGGAAAACCUGAGUGUUUGUUACAUGGGUUAUCACUUACCACAGUAGACUGUGCUGUUAUUUAAUAUUUUUUCCCAAAUCUUGUUUAUUGCAUUUGUCUCUUGUUUUAUUUGAACAAGGAAUGCUUGGGUAAGGAGAUGUGCCAUUUUUUUAAAGGUUUGUGAUAUUUCAUUGAUGUUUUUGUAUUUAAGCUGUCAGGAGAUCAGUGUGUUUAAAAUCCAAUAUUUAUCACUAAAGUUAAGAUUAGAGUUUGGUCAUCCUUCAGCUUUCAGGCUAAAUCCAUAUGUUAGCUGGUUAAACAUGUUUCUCAAUUGCAGCUGGUUGCAUCACUGCUCAAAGGUUUGUCACAUAAAGACUCAAAUGAAGCUUUGGCUGUUUAUAAUAAUAAAAACCUGUGAGUGCA